ACUUUGCACAAAAGUCACGUCCGAUAACAAUCGUUCCACUCGGGACACUCCUGCUCUUUGUCCACCGCGGCGUGAGUCCUUAAAGGGAAGGAACCGCGCUCGGUGCUCGAUUGCUUUCGUCUCGGGAAGGAAAACCAUGGCGGACCAGGAGUAUAAUGUUACCAUUCCUCAUUUCAAGACUCUCCUUCAAAUGGACCCAUACCUCAAGCCUUACGAGAAGGACUUCCAGAGGAGGUAUGAGCUGUUCCAGAAGCAGCUUUUCCAGCUGGAAGAGGCCGAGGGAGGUUUUGACCAGUUCACGCGGAGCUACAGGACCUUUGGCGUGCAGCGGCGGCCCGACAACAGCCUGUUCUUUCAGGAGUGGGCUCCAGCUGCAGAGGCCCUCUUCCUCACCGGUGAUUACAAUGCCUGGGACAAAUUCUCCCACCCGUACACCAAGAGAGAUUACGGCAAGUGGGAUCUGAUUCUCCCGCCCAAGCGUGACGGCUCUCCCGCUGUGGAUCACAACACCAAGCUCAAGGUGGUGGUUCACACCAAGGCAGGAGAACGUCUCUAUAGGAUUUCGCCGUGGGCAAAGUAUGUGGCCAGGAAGGAAAAAUGUGUCAUCUACGACUGGAUUCACUGGGACCCCCCACACCCGUACAUUCAAAUCCACCCGCGGCCUCUGAAACCUAAGCACCUGAGGAUCUACGAGGCCCACGUGGGUAUCGCUUCGCCGGAGAGGGAGAUCGCAUCAUACGUCAACUUCACAAACAACGUGCUGCCGCGUAUAAAAGACCUGGGAUACAACUGCAUUCAACUGAUGGCCAUCAUGGAGCACGCCUAUUACGCAAGCUUUGGCUAUCAGGUUACCAGCUUCUUUGCAGCUUCCAGCCGCUACGGCACCCCGGACGAGUUAAAGCAGCUGAUCGAUGUGGCGCAUUCGUUGGGCAUCGUGGUGCUGCUGGAUGUCGUCCACAGCCACGCGUCCAAAAACACAGAGGACGGCCUCAACAGCUUUGACGGGUCCGACUCCUGCUACUUCCACUCGCCUCCACGGGGGGAGCACAGCCUGUGGGACAGCCGCCUCUUCAAUUACUCCAGCUGGGAAGUGAUGCGCUUCCUGCUAUCCAACCUGCGCUGGUGGAUGGAGGAGUACAAGUUUGACGGCUUCCGAUUCGACGGCGUCACGUCCAUGCUGUACCAUCACCACGGAAUAGGAACCGGCUUCUCCGGGGACUACAGCGAGUACUUUGGCCUCCACGUGGAUGAAGACUCUCUGGUGUACCUGAUGUUGGCCAAUCACAUCCUACACACCCUCUACCCCGACUGCAUCACCAUCGCAGAGGACGUGUCAGGGAUGCCCGCCCUCUGCAGGGGAGUGGAGGAGGGAGGGCUUGGCUUUGAUUACCGCCUCGCCAUGGCCAUUCCUGACAAAUGGAUUCAGAUCCUGAAGGAGCUGAAAGACGAAGACUGGAACAUUGGCAACAUCGUCCACACGCUGACCAACAGGCGUUAUGGAGAGAAGAGCAUCGCCUACGCUGAAAGUCACGACCAGGCGCUGGUUGGGGACAAAACGCUGGCGUUCUGGCUGAUGGACAAGGAGAUGUACACCAACAUGAGCUCGCUGGCUCCCAUGACGGCAGUCAUCGAUCGGGGCAUGCAGCUGCACAAGAUGAUCCGCCUCCUCACUCACGGUCUGGGCGGGGAAGGAUACCUCAACUUCAUGGGGAAUGAGUUUGGUCACCCCGAGUGGUUGGACUUCCCGCGGGAAGGCAACAAUGAGAGCUACCACUACGCCCGCCGGCAGUUCAACCUGGUGGACAUGCCGCACCUGCGCUACCGGCAGCUCUACGCCUUUGACCGCGACAUGAACCGCACCGAGGACAAGUACGGCUGGCUGGCCGCCCCGCCGGCCUUUGUGAGCGCCAAGCAUGAGGAGGACAAGGUCAUUGUGUUUGACAGGGCCAACGUGCUCUUCAUCUUCAACUUCCACCCUAGCAAGAGCUUCCAGGACUACAAGGUGGCAGUGGAAGCGCCAGGAAAGUACAAAAUCAAGCUGGACUCGGACGAGGUCCUGUACGGAGGCCACGGACGGCUGGACCACAACACAGAGUUCUUCACCGAGCCGCAACCCUUCAACGGCCGCGCCAAUUCCAUACAGGUGUACAUCCCCUGCAGGACCGCCAUCGUUCUGGCCAAUGAGGAGAUGGAUUACUGUUAUUAGAGGACCAUUGUCUCCGCACACACGCGUCAUCACAAAUGGAUUCCACCCUCAGACUGAGUGUUAACAAUCACCUUUGUCUUUUAAAGUGUCAACCUCACCAAACUCACUUUGUUUCUGGAUGGACCCCACACACACACACACACACACACACACACACACACACACACUGAGCUAUUGUGCUUUCAGACACCAUCAAUGCAGCCUAGCUUGAUUGGUCCAUUUGGACCAUACAGCAGCCUCCAAACGCUGCUUGAGCCCAUUUCGCUCCAGCCUGCAGCCGUUUAUUAGCGCCGUUAAAUGUGCUUUGUCGUGUGAAACACAAGCGUGGUGCAGGGAAGCAACACACAACCACAAUGUUUGCACUUUGGCAUGAUAUGGUAGCGUAAGGAGGGUCUGCCAUGCCCCGUUCACAGAAGCGUACCCUUAGUAUGUUGUUUCUAUCCUUUCUAGAAAAGGUUUAUAUGUGGUUAAUGACAUCUCUUGUGGCUUAUAAAUGCGUCUUUACUACAAAUUGGAUGUUCGUAAAUUUCGUAAACUGGCGUCAUCAGACUCUACAGUAGGGGUGCCCAAACUUUUUUCCAGGGCCGCUAUUUUACUUUUUGGAUACCAAGCCAUGUAUUUAAAGAAAUAAUUGUCAAUUACGUGACAAAGCGUCUGAUUAAAAUUAAUUUGUUCUCCUUACAUAACACUUUUUAUGCAUUGAAUUACUAUUUUUUCUUUACAAAUAUUACAUCUGGCGGCACGGCGGUCGAGUGGCUAGCACGCAGACCUCACAGCUAGGAGGACCAAGGUUUGAUUCCACCCUCGGCCAUCUCUGUGUGGAGUUUGCAUGUUCUACCCGUGCAUGCGUGGGUUUUCUCCGGGUACUCCGGUUUCCUCCCACAUUCCAAAAACAUGCUAGGUUAAUUGGCGACUCCAAAAUGUGAGUGUGAAUGGUUGUUUGUCUAUAUGUGCCCUGUGAUUGGCUGGCCACCAGUCCAGGGUGUACCCCGCCUCUCGCCUGAAGACAGCUGGGAUAGGCUCCAGCACCCCUGCGACCCUCGUGAGGGAAAAAAAUGAAUGAAUGAAUAUUACAUCUAUAUUGUGAAUAUUUUUGUUUGACUUUAUCCCAAAAUAUUUUGAUUUCAUUCUUGUAAUAUAACUUUUUCCAACCUAUUUUUAUUUGUGUUGCUUCUUAUAUUAUGACUUUUUUUAAUCAUCUUUUUUUUUCUUUAAUAUUUCAACUUUAUGCUUAUAAAAUAUCCCCCCCCCCCCCCACACACACACACACUAAUAUUCCGGCAUUGUUGUAAAGUAAUCCCUUUUCACUUUUUUCAUCCAAAUGAAGUGUCUUUGGUCGUAUUGUGUUUCAUGUGGGUACCCGCUGCUCGUUGAGAAGAGCGCCAAGUGCUUCCAUGUUAGUCUCCAAAGGCGUCCAUUUUGAAAAACAGAAUCCACAGUGUUCUACUUGUGGUGGCUUGCCACAAAUAAAUAAAACACCGCAGCACAGGUCAUUAUAGACUGAUGGUUCUGCCAAAUAGUGAUCCCACUACCAAACACUUUUUUAAGCUGUGAAGACUCAAUGAUACAUUUCUUAUUUUUCAACUU